AUGGCUGCAACUCAAACCAUCACAGUCCCCCAUCUAGGCGGUAUCAAGGCCGGAUAUGCCUUCGCAAAGGACCAAUAUGAUCCCUCCAAGCCGACAUGCGUACUCAUCAAUUCGAUGUGCAUGACUGUGUCUCUCUACCAUGAUCAGUUUAACAACCAGGCCCUAAAUGAUGCAAUGAAUCUCCUAGCCAUUGAACCUUUAGGCCAUGGCUCAACCAGCUCCCCCUCCGAGCAUUUCACAUACUGGGAUUCAGCCCAUAUGGCCUUGCAGGUCAUGGACCACUUUGGAAUUCGGAAAGCGUUUGCUCUUGGCACGAGUCAGGGAGGGUGGAUAGUAACUAGGAUGGCCCUACUAGCCCCAGACAGGAUUCUCGGUCUCAUGCCCCUGGGAACCUCCAUGGAUUAUGAGUCCCUGGAUUCCCGGUCCAAGGGCUGUUGGGAUCCCGCUACCAAUCUCAUGGCAUUUUAUGAGAAGUGGACGAGCCCUUCACCCACGCCUGACUUUGUUGUGGAUGAUGUCUGGUGUGGAUUGGUCGGGGGGAUUGGUUUUGGUGCUUCUGCGACCACCGAGAAAUCUGCUUUCUGGACCCAGACCUUGAAGGAAGUAUACAAGGGCGACGAGGGCCGAAAGAAGGUUCGAAUGGCGCUCAACUGCCUACUAGAGAGAGAUGGGCUCCUGCUCCGAAUUGGGGAUAUCAAAUGUCCUGUUCAUUGGCUACAGGGAACCGAGGAUGUUCCUUUUGGAACGAUCGUCCCUGCAGAGCAUGUUAAACGAUUCACUUCCUCUGCGGAUGCUAAACUUCAGAUGAUUGAAGGGGGUGCACAUUAUUUGAAUGCAACCAACUCAAAAGAGGUGAAUGACGCCCUUCUGGAGAUGGUGACAAGGUACAGUCACUCCAAUACUCUGUAG